AUGCAGAAGAUCCUUAUCAGUAGAACAACUGUCGUGAGGAGUAGUGUUAGACUGGCUGGCGGGACGGCGAAUGCUAAGUCGAGAUGUCUGCAAUGGUCACGUUGGAGAUUCCUAUUUUUUGUAGCAAUGAAGUUCAAUGCAACCAAUGUCGCUGGUGGCACCAAGACGCUAGCCGAUGGAAAUCAGAUCCCUUUGCUAGGAUUGGGUACCUCUGAACACACGGAUCAGAAGGAAAUAAGUACCAUGGUUGAAGCAGCGCUAAAAGCUGGCUACCGUCUUUUUGAUACAGCUGAACUUUACAAGAAUGAAAAGGAGCUUGGAGUUGCGUUUGCUGAAUAUCUACCCAAAUUUGGACUCAAACGUGAGGACAUUUUCAUCACAACAAAAGUGCAAAUCAUGGAUGGAAAGGUCUCCGAGUGGGCAGAACACAGCUUGAAACAAUCGCUGGAUAAACUGAAAACUGACUAUAUAGACAUGUUCUUAAUUCACGCUCCCAGAGAUAGAUUUACCGGGAAAGAUGAAGCUUAUGAACUAAAUAAAAAAGGAAGGAAAGAACUUUGGCAAAAGAUGGAAGAAUUCAAAGACCGUGGUGUCGUAAAAUCCAUCGGAGUGUCAAACUAUGAGGUUUAUCACCUGGUAGAGCUUUUCGAAUAUGCAAAGCAAAGACCUGUCAUGAACCAGAUUGAAUAUUCCCCGUAUUUCACAAGGCCAACUCUAAAGCAUUUCUGUGAGAUGAAUAACAUUUUUGUACAGGCGUUUUCAUCACAGUGUUGGGAUAACAAAGAAAUCUUCUCGGAGGAUCUUGUCCAAAAACUAGCGAAGAAGUAUGAUGUAGCCCCACAGGCCAUACUUUACGCUUUUGGUCUCAAUUCUGGAGUCGGCAUCAUUCCUAGAUCGGGCAAUCCUGCCCAUAUCGAAGAUAAUAUGCAUAAGGUACUGAAAACCAAGCUCACGGACGAUGAACUCAAACCACUGCAUGAGCUUGAUAAGAACGCUUCAUUCUGCCCAGGUUGCCAGUCAUGGAGAUACUUGUAAGAAUUUCGAUCAAGACGAGAGCGGAUUUGGAGAGAUUUGGAAACAAGCUAUCUGCAUCAUUUUUCUUCAGAGUUGUCAUUUCA